AUGGACAUCCUGCUAGACAGAGAUCUCGCUGGCAACGUACUAUGGGAAGAGGACCACUCUGUUCCUUCCAUUAUGGAUGUCCUUGUCCCGAUAUCAAGCCUCAGCAUGUCACACAUUCAAAAAAUAGCAUACUCGAACGGACAGCCUAUAUUUACUAGUCGCCCUAGUAAUAAGUGGGUUCUUGAGAAUGAUGGAAAGAAGCAGACGAAAAGGAAGAAGAAGGUGGCUCGCAAUGACGCGGAUGAACUUACGGAGUCUUCAACAAUGUCGAUCAUACCUGACAACGGUGAAGAAACCUGGAGCGCUCGAGCAUAUCGCCCUAACAAGGAGGUGAAGAAAGCCCCGCCCCGUAAACGCUCGACAGAGCAACAAUGGGCGGGUCUUUUCAAUACCGUCUAUAUAGCCAUGCGCUCAUUAUACAAGGCCACGUUCAGCACAAUCCCUCAGCACUCUAAGUUUUCCACUUCUGCGAUUCCGGAUGAGACCAACGCCCAGAAGCCUGACAUAGUCCUUACCAAUCACAAGGUUCAAGCGAAAAGUUGGGCACACGUCCUCACAUGCAUUGAGCUCACCGUCAGUGAUCUUGGCACUACACGCGACCUAGCAUUGUUCAAGGGGGUGGUCACCAAAGGGUACCUCAUGAUACGAGAACAACCUUGGCGUCGCUUCAUUGUCCUUUUCAGUAUCGCAGUGUGGCAACUUCGCGCCCAUUAUAUAGACCGCUCAGGUCUCAUCAUCACCCGUCCCAUAUCAAUCAUCGAUCAACCGGUGUGUCUCGUCGAUACGUUAAACACCUUGUCGCUUGCGAACUGCCAAGCCCAUGGCAUGGAUCCUACCAUUCAUUUGUGUGACGAUAUUUGCAAGGGUCAACACAGUGACCUAGCGAACGGAGCGAUAGGUUGGGUAGAGGACAAGCGGAAGGGCAUAUUAUCGAUCAUGGCUAUUCUGUGGAGAAGCCAGGGUCUGUUCUCUCGUGGCACUAUCUGCUAUCGCAUUCAAAAUGGCAAGGGGGACGAGUAUGCAUUAAAGGACUGUUGGGUUGACGAAGAUAAGAAAAAUCACGAGGAAGACGUUCUAAAUUGCGUCUGGGGCAUUCCAAAUGUAGUCACUCUCAUAGAAGCUUGGGAUGUCGAAUACCAGAAUGAGCCUGACUCUACAUCACGCAUUCGUGAUCGUCAUGGGGCAUCUAGAACACACGAGACAAUGCUCACCGUACAUGUCCUACACGGAGACCUCAGCCCCAACAACUUCAUUAUUCACAAAGGAAGCGGUUACUUCAUUGAUUUCGACCACGCCCAGAUCAUAUUGCCAGGCAAUACUAGUGUUCGCUCACGGGGUACUGGUACCCUGCCUUACAUGUCUAUCCACCUACUUACUGCAUGUGCAGAAAAGGAGAAGACCCAAGGAACUGUGACGAUCGAACAUUGCCCCAGCGAUGAUAUCGAGUCACUCUUUUACAUUUUUGUCGAAUUCGUUUCCACGUAUGAUGGACCGCAGGGCUACAUAUCGAACUCGAAGGUGGAACGAUGGGCUGAGACCCUUGAGGAUAUGGGCCACAGGGCUGGUCCAUAUAAGUCGUGUUUGGUACUUGUCACGCGCCAUGACAAACAGUUGAUGAACAGAACAACACAAUACUUCGGCGGCAUCAGGGAUCUCGUUCAGGAGUGGCGCCUCAAAUUUUUUUACGCAGCAGAAGAGCAGACCACCAUUACUCACUUGGAGAUCCUGGAGCUCAUAAAGAAGUGGAUCUCUCACGAAGCUGUUGAUGAGCCCCUUCCUCCAACCCAAGAAGCUGAUCUUUCAAGCACAACCCACCCUUGUCGUUCGACCCGGAAGGUCAUCCCGGUAAAGAGAGCAUAA